GGAAUUAAUCUAGUAACUCUUCAUUGGGCGUUAGUGUUAGUUUAGGGCAGGUGUAGUAUUUGCGUAAUCGUUCAUUCAGCUCAGUGUUAAUUACUGUGCCUGAAGCGCCCGGCUGUUGAGAUAACUGCAUGACAAGCUAAAGAAGGGAGUGGGAGGAAAACAGGUGUACAAUUAAUCACAGUGAGAGCGCGGACUACAUCACAGCUGGCUCUAGCUAACAAAGUGAACUGUCAGAGCAUUUGAGUCUCAUUUUUCUAAUUUAUUACCAGCUUGUGACUGCAGUUAACAAAUAAUGCAAGUGUCUUGUAUCAGAGUGUAAUAAAAUCAGCAAACUGCACCUAGCAACGCCUUAAUGAAACUUCCACUUCUUCAUGUAAUUUCCUUAGUACUCUUCUGCAGAAUUCCAACAUAAUAUUGCAUGUAAUGCUUCUUCCUGAAACAACUUACGGAUAUGCUCUUCAAUGCUACAACAUAAAUGUGAAAACAUGUAACGACUUAUCAGUGCUUGCUAAAGCUCUUUUGAGGGGAAAGCCUCUUAUGAGAAUUAGGUUUUUGAAGCAUGUGAUGAAGAUAACAAAGGCUAUUUAAGCAGAGAGGACUUUAAAAUUGCCGUAGCAAUGCUGUUUGGUUAUAAACCCUCAAAAGUGGAAGUGGAUUCAGUAAUGUCUUCUGUGCAACUAGAAAAUUCAGGAAGAAGAAUAUUACUUGAAAAGUUUUUAAAUCUCGUGAGCACAAAGAAGGCUGUGCAGCUAUUUGAUGGUGAAACAAGGCAUAUAUUCACAGCUUUUGACGUGCAAAACAGAGGAUUUUUGACUUUGGAAGACUUCAAGAAAGCCUUCAAUUCCAUUUCUCCAAAAUUAUCUGAAAGAAUCGUAGUUGAAGCCUUCAGGUGUUCAACUUUCUUUUGGUGAUGUGAAUGACUUGUCUGGAAGCAACUCAGUCAUUGAAAGAAGUCCCUCACUAUUGCAGGCAUGACAUCGAAUAGCUUUUUGAGCACCAUCUUUAAAAGACGUUAGUUUUCAUGCAAUGUUCAAACGUACAGUUGUGUGAGGGAUGUUAACUUCUGUUUGAAUUGAUAUAAACAAUCUAUAUGUUCAGCUCCAAGGCUGUUUGUUUACUGAGGGCUGAAUAAUUUUCUAAUUUGUAGGCUAUAUAUGAAUAAGCACCUUCAUGUUACUCGGUAAUAACAACAAAAGAGUCAUGUGGCAUCGUAUAAGACGAAAUGAGAUUACAGGCAGUACCUGGUCUGAACUUUACUAAUACACUAUGGAUUAGGUGAAGAUGACCUGUAAUAAUGUGGUGUUGGUUUUGUAUGCUUGAGUUAUGGAGGAUUUGGGUUGUGGGGGGAUGGAGUUUCUUUCUGGUAUAUGUCACAGUACAGUGCAUAUUUAAGCAUUACAGCAGAACACGAAUCGGUCUGUGCAUCUUUUAGGCCACUAAUGUGGGAUAACAAAAUCAAAGCAUAGAUUGUCAAAUGUCUCAGAUGAUCCUCUUGUCUUUUUGCACUAAAGAUGUAAUAAGAGUGAUUCUUUGAAGAAGGUUGUUUUAGGAGUUUUGAAAGCAGAGGAG